UUUCAAGUUAUUCCUCUUUUCAGUAAACAUAACAAAUUCUAUUCUUCAUUUUAUUCUAAAUUCUUUUUUUUUUCUCUUCUCUUUUCUACCUGAAAAGAUACAUCAACAAAUAUAUUUUCUACUUUGAGCUUGGUAAUGUAGCUGUUUAAAGUGUUUUUUUAAAAGAAAAUUUCUUCUCUUUUUUUCUUGUUUUCUCUUCUAUUCUUAUUGGGGCUUCGUUAUAUACUAUGCAUCCUUUUGAUGACAAGUUGAUACAAAAUCACCAUCAAUUUCAUCCUCCACCACCACCACCACAACCACCACCUCAUCACAAUGAUCUUUAUGUGCCAAGAAAAUGUGGAAAUCAAAAGAGGAUUAUUAUUAAUUCAUUAACGUGCCUUUUAGUACUUGUUCAAUUGUCAACAAUGUGCCAUUUGAUUAGUGCUUCACCUCCACCAUCACAACAACAACCACAACAACCACCUUCUUAUUCACCCCAUGGAUAUAAGUUAAAUGUAAAUUUACCUUCAUCAUCUUCAUCAUCUUCAUUAGUGUCACCCUCAUCUUCAGUGUUAUUACCAUCUCCUGCAGCGUUGUCAUCAUCUUCAUUAUCUUCUGCAUCAUCAUCAUCAUCAUCAUCGUCCAUGUUGAUGACUAAUUUUGCCAUCUUAGAUUAUUAUGUUACACCAAAUGUGACCAUUAAUUUUACCCAUAUAGCUUAUGAUAAUCGUAGUGAUCGUCUCUAUGUUGGUGCAUCUAAUUGGUUAUAUCAAUUUAAUUCAUCAUUAGAGGUUGAAGUGGCAAUUGAAACUGGUCCAGUUGAUGAUAGUCCAAAUUGUUCACCAAAUGAUUGCUCCGGUACCGAUACAACAAUGUUAACAACCAAUUUUAAUAAAAUUCUAGUCAUUGAUGAAAAUUCAUCUAAAUUAAUUGCUUGUGGUUCUGUUCAUCAAGGAGCCUGUCGUCGACAUGAUCUAGAUAAUAUUGCCUCACGUGAGGAAUUGAUACCAAUACCGGUUGCUGCUAAUGAUGAAAACUCGUCAACUUAUGCUUUCAUUGGUCCAGCUCGUUAUAUGCUCCAUAAUAAGCCAGUUAAAUCAGUACUUUAUAUUGGUACAACCAACAGUCGCCUUGGUACUUAUCGUGAUAUUGUACCAGCAAUUGCAAGUCGAUCUCUUGAAUCUGGACCUAAAUUGUUCAGUGUAAUUGAAAGCUCUUUCUCUGAUUCUACCCUGGUUGACAUUGAAUCUCACCUUAAAGAUUAUUAUCUAGUUAAAUAUGUAUAUGGUUUCCAUUCAGAUGAUUUUAUCUAUUUUGCCACCGUACAAAUGAAGUCUCACCUUCGUGCACUUCAAGAGUGGGGAUAUGUUACCCGUUUAGCAAGAGUUUGCUCAUCCGAUGCUGCAUAUAACACUUAUACUGAGGUAACCUUAACCUGCCUUGGUCCUGAUGGUACUGAUUAUACACUAUUACAAGAUGCGGUUACCAUUAAAGCGGGUAAAACUUUGGCCGCUGAUCUAAAUGUUAAACCAGGAUCACCUUUAUUGAUUGGUGUUUUUUCAACAUCCAAAGAUCACACUUGGGAUCCAUCUGAUUCAUCAGCAGUUUGUGUCUAUUCAAUAGCAGAUAUUGAAACAAAAUUCAAUGAAAAUAUUCAUUUAUGUUACAAUGGAAGUGCACUUACCCGAAAUAUGGAUUAUAUUGCUGGAAAUAUAAAAGAUUGUCCAUCAGGAAAAGGUAAUGUUGCAAGUUUUUGCAGUGAAACCUUAAAGUUAAAUGGAUCCAUCCCAAUAGUGGCAACAUCAGCGAUAACUUAUAACGAAACAUUAUCAGCAAUCACAGCAUUAACCGUGGACCAAACAAACGUAGCAUUUAUCGGUACAUCACAAGGACGCCUUAAGAAGAUUCUUCUUUCUCAUGCCAAUCAAGGUGAAGAGUUUGGUGAAAUAACCAUUGACCCUGGUCAUCCAAUAUUAUCUGAUAUGCACAUCCAUUCAAAUCAGCGUUACCUUUACGUUGCCUCACCUUACCGUUUGGCUAAAGUUGAAAUUGAAAGUUAUCCAGGAUUAUCUGAAUCUAAUUUUGUUAAAGAUCAAAAUUCACAGCGAUUAUCAUCAAGUGAACCACCACCAUCUCCAUUGAACUUUAAGGUUUCCGUAUUAUCAUCUAAAAGUGUUAAUUUUACAUGGUCACCCAUCCAUCCAUCCUUAUUAUUAUCAUCAUCAUCAUCAUCCUCAUCAUCAUAUUCAUCAUCUAACCAUGGUUAUAUUAUACGUUAUUGGAAAGUUUCUGGUUUAACCGGAAAUGAUAUUACCAAACAAGUGAAUAUCUCAUCACUAACAACAACAAACUAUUUGAUCUCCAACCUUGAUGCCGGUUCCAAUUAUGAGGCUGAAAUUGUCGCCUUUAAUGGUAUCGGUUUAGGAAGUCCAUCUCGUAUAGUGAAAUUUUUGACACUUGAAGAUGCACCAACAGGUCCACCACUGAGUGUUCAAACCUUUGCCCGUGGACCUCACACCAUACGAGUUACAUGGAAACCACCAUCUCAUGAUAAAUGGAAUGGUAAAAUCACUGGUUACCAUGUUUGUUAUCGUGUAAUUUCAUCAUCAUCAUCAUCAUUAUCAUUAUCACCAAAUUGCCAAACAGCCUUUGUUUCAUCAUAUUCCAAUAGUCAUGAAUAUAUGUUAACCUCCCUAUCCAGGGAUACAACUUAUUUAAUCACUGUGAGAGCCUCCAAUGCUGCCGGAACGGGUCCUGAAUCUCCCGAAAUCUCUGUGAAAACUUUACUAGGUGAUUUACCUUCAAUACCUCGUGUAAAUAUUAAGUCAACCAGUUCAAAUUCAUUAACAAUUGUUUAUACAAUUAACUCUUCAAAUGCUCCAAUCUCAAUGUUCCAAUUAAAUUAUAAAGAAUCGAAAGAUAUUUCCUGGAAACAAAUAACUUUACCCCAUCAACAUGAAUCCCUUUCAACCCACAGUGAAUAUAUUUUAACAAAUUUAAAUCCAAUGACAAUUUAUAAACUUUAUAUGACCGCUUCAAAUUCAUUUGGUAUUUCCGAUCCUAGUCCAAUAAUAAUUAGUAAAACAACUCGAUCAGUUCGUGAUACUUUAGGAGGAGGAGGAAGUGAAUCAUUAUUACCCGAUAAUCAGAUAGGUCGAGAAAGUGGUACAAACAACCGAGGUACUGGUGGUAACAAUAAUUCCGGAGGUUCACCCGUUAUGUCUGAAAUUGCCAAUGCAGUGACCAUAAUAAUUGGCCUUGGUGCUAUUGUGAUUGUUUUACUUAUAGUAUUUGUAUAUUCACGUAAAAUCCGUUCCAAGGGUCCAGCAAAGACAAGCUUUGAAUUUUGUCAAACUUAUCAAACAGGUAACCUUGCUUAUAAUCCAGCAUCAACCAAUGGGUCUCAUCAUCAGCUUACCCAUCCUUUACACUCAACUGGACACCAUGUUCAUCCUCACCAUACCCAUCAUCCUCUUCAUCAAACAUUUGGCUCUUCAAGUCCAGACUAUGGUGAUCCUGAAUCAGAUAGAACCCUUUCCCUAAUUAACACACCCAUGAUGGACACUGUUGACCGAACCAUGUCCCUUAUGCAUGGGUCACUAGGAGUGACAACAAUCAAUCAACUGACCAGUCCCUAUUCAAAGAUACUCAUUGAUACAAGUACAGAUAAACGUAAUUCAACUUAUCUCUGCUCUCGUCAUAUUUAUGAUUAUCCGCAAUGAAUUAAUUGGAAAUACAUAAACAACAACAGCAGAAACAAAAUUUCUUAAUUUUCUCAAAAAAAUCAAAUUGAUUUAAAUCAAAAAAUCUUUAUUGAUGAUAAAAAGUCUAACCAGUGAGUUGAUGGCUCCUUAAAACACACAAUCAUACACACACAUACACAUUUAAAAAUGACAACCAGAGAUACAUAAAUAUCACAAAGUCCAGUGCAACAUAAUUAAAGUUAAUUACACUUAAAGAGUUAUUUAUUAAGAUAAUUUAUGUGACACCGAUGAAAAAAAAACUCAUCUCAUUGAUUAUCAUGAUGAUG